AUGUUGUGUUACCUUUUAUUUCGAUGUGUUAGUUGCAGUAUCAGUUGCCCUGUUAUUCGUCAGCUGGGCUGGUUUAAUAAUCCUAGCAAGCAAAUUACAUCACUGAGCUUUGAUUCUUCUGGUAUUUGGCUGUUAGUUGUCACUCAAGAUGCUACUUUAUACAUUUUACCUGUUUUAUCUCUUCUCGAAACUGAUGCAAAAGUUCCUAGUUGUUGGAAAUCUGACAACUUGACUGAAAUUAAACUUGCUGGACGGCGGGCUCCUUUGACCUCUGUACAAUGGUGGCAGACUCAUGAAGGUCAGCACAUCGCUGUGAUUGGCAGUGAGUUGGGAGAAAUUUCAUUUAUUAAUCUUAUCAAUAAGAAAGAAGUUGGUGGAACAUAUAUAACAAGUGGAAUAUCAUCUUUAGAUAUACUUUAUGAUGAAAGCCAUGAUACAACAUAUUUAUUGAUUACUGGAAGUAAUCAACAGCAAUGGCGUUUAUUGCUGGAAGAAAAGAAAUCUAAUUUUUACUGGCCUUUUAAUUCUGAAUCAGAAUUAACUCAACAUAGUCCUGGAGCUAGCAUACCUUUGCCUGAUAAAUCAUUACCAGACGAAAAAAGUGGAGAGCAGAGGCCUCAUCGUUUGUCAAAAUUUGAAAGUGGAACAUUUUUAACCCCACAAUGUGGUGACGGCAGAAAUCUUGUUUCUGCUUAUAAUUCAUCUUCUCACCUACUUCAAGUUCUAGAAGGUGACUUAGACCAAAUGCAUCUCUUUUCUUAUAAAGUACCUCCAGAAUGUGAAAAUAUUGUGCUUUCUGACAAACUUAUAUUCACUACAAUGAAGAGUCAUCAUAAUUCUAGUCAGCAAAAUAUUUUAAAAGUUAUAUCCAGGAAAUUUUCUGAAAUACCGGCUGAGAAUUCUAAAAAGAGAGAAGCACAAAAUGCUGAAGUGCAAAGAUUUUUUUUUAAUGAUGAAAUUUUAGCUUUAUAUAAAUUAGUAUCGCCUAAUCAUCUAAAUUCUCCAAAAAAACGUAAUUCCAAAAAUGUAUCACCUGACUUUGAUAAGAAGAAAGCUGCUGGGCAACUGGAAGCAAUCACUGCUGACUUCAAGCCUCUAACAAUUGAUAAACAAAACCUUGAGGGAUGCAUCAUUGUUCAAAAGAAUACAAUAUGGGAAUGCCGUUUGAGAAUUUCACCAGAAGAAUUGUUUUUAAGUCUAACUGCAAUACCGAAUGAUCUUCCACUUGCCGAAAAAUUAGGUAUAAUGUUGGGGUUAGAUCUCCACAAACUGUAUGAAAUUGCUGCUGACGCUCAACUUGCUAGUGGACAUUUUGCUCAAGCAGUUCAUCUUUAUCAGCUCUCUAAAUGUCCUCAGCUGAAGCGUGUUGCUCAUUUUAUGGGUUAUGGAUAUCUAUCGGAGCUGAUUGCUUAUAUUCAAGUGCUUUUUUGUACCAAAGGUGUGGAUAUUGUCUCAGCUGAUAAGUGCCACUUUGCAAAUAUUGCUCUCCAUUGCUUUGCUCAUCAAACUAAAGACAAACUGACAGAGAGAUCUGCUAUUACAUCAGCUUUCAAGAAAUUCCUCAAAGAGAACUGCUAUUAUGAUGAAGAAGUUGCUGCAAAACUGCUUGCAGAACAAGGCCUUUACGAACUCCUUCACUACUUUGCAAAGGUUCGAGGGCAGCAAGGUUUGAUGGUUGAAACUUUACUUAUGUCUGGUGAUGUUAAAAGUACUAUUGAUGAUAUUACUUACAAAGUUCUUCAUACAUCUGGCUAUGAAAUGCUUCUUCAACAUUCAAAUGAUGAAUAUUAUGUGAAAUGUAUGACAUCAUUCCAUUUGCUCCAAUUCCUUGCUGCAAAGCCUUCAUUUCUAAGUAUGCACCUUCAACAUUUAAUCACUUUGCUUCCUAAGAUGAGUCCUGAGAUGCUGCAAAGAGUAGCAUUUCUGUAUGAUCCAUCUCGAAAAAUUGCACGGUUAGCAUUUCGUAGCAUGGCCUCGUCAAAAGUAUCUGAAAGAUACUGGAGUUUUUCUUCUUUAGCAACAGUAUCAAGUGAAAUGAUUGAUAUCAGCCAAAAGAAUGAAGAACUGCCUUCUUCAGAGGAUAUUAUAAAAUUUUUCAUUUUUGUUCUAUUAAUGCUUUGCCACAAACUUAACUGUCCAAAGUUUAUUAAAGAUUUAAUACAUAUGCCUGAAAUUGAAAAUCAUAGGAACAAUUCUGUUGACACUUGCAAUUCCGAAAGAUCAGCUGAGUCACUUGUGAAUCACUCUCCUCUUUCAUGUGGGCAAGCUCAUUCUACAUGUGUUCAAAAUGGAGUAUUAUAUACAUGGGGAAAAUCUGGCUGUGGAAGAUUGGGUUUAGAAGAUGUAAGUGUAGAAUAUCAAUCACCUCAGCCAGUUCCAACAUUUUUAAGACUUCAAAUAAAUGUUCUAGCUGUGUCAUGUGGAGCCUUGCAUACGUUAGCUCUUACUGAUUGUGGGCUAUUUGGCUGGGGUUCAUCACGUUUUGGUCAGCUUGGUGCGGGAGAUGUGCAGCAGACAAUUCAACCUAUUGUACUUGAAAGCCUAAUAAGUGAAGAAAUAAUCAAAAUAAAAUGUGGUCAAUACCAUUCCAUUGCUGUAGCAUCUGAUGGCAGGGUCUAUACAUGGGGAUGGGGAAUUCAUGGCCAACUUGGUCAUGGAAAUGCUGAAGAUGUUAAUAUUCCUACUGUUGUCAAAGCAUUGAAAAAGAAAAAUAUUGUGGCCAUAAGUGCUGGACAAGGACAUACCGUUUUACUUAGUAAAAAUGGAGAUGUGUAUACUUUUGGAUGUGGUAUGUUUGGCCAGUUAGGAACUGGAUCUGUAGCUAAGCAAAGUUACCCUCAAUUAGUCAACAUUCCUGAGAGAAUAAAAUUAAUAGCUUCUGGUCAUUUUCAUGUGUUAGCUAUUAGUAGAAAAAACAACAUAUAUACAUGGGGGUGUAACCCACAAGCUCUAAGACUACAGGCUCAAAACUCACGUCGUGCACGUCAACAUGGGAACGCUUUGAGCCAAAAUUCAAGAUCUAAUCAUGUUUCUAGUUCAUAUGUGGACAACACGUUGCUGCAGAGGACAUCAAAUUCAAAUGGCACUCUGCAACAAAGCCAUCUUUUACCUAAUUUAGUCAAUUCUUCCUCAAUUUCAGAGUCCAUAGUCGAGGCAUCCUGUGGUAGUCAUCAUUCUGUUCUAGUCACCAGUAAUGGGGAAGUAUAUUCAUGGGGUAGAAACUCUGAAGGCCAAGUUGGAAAUGGUGUUAGGAAAGAACAGAAAAUUCCAAGUCUAAUAGCUCAUCUAAAGGAUAGAAAAAUUAUUAAUGCUGCUUGUGGUGCCGAUUUUACGAUUGCAAUGGACUUGAAUGGAAAAUUGUUUGGAUGGGGUCAAAAUGAUGGUGGACAGAUUGGUCAGCGACCUGUUGGUGAAGCAAAUAUCAAAUCAAAUUCUGGUACUUCUAGUGGACGUGUAAUUACUAUACGUACUAACCGUAGAAUGAUAACUAUAACUCAGCCUUGUCGUCAAAGUAUUCUCCGUCCUGUUGAAAUUAUCCUGCCAUCUUGUGAUAUGAAAAUUACUGAUCUUGAUAGUGGAAGCUUUGAAAGUGAAUAUUCGAUACUUAAGCUACUGAAUCAUAAAAUGUUCAGAAGUGGUAUUGAACAACAGUUUCCAAAAUUGUCAAAUUUAGAUCAACUGCCUUAUGGUCCAUAUGCUGUACAUACUGCAUUAAAAGCCUUUCAUCGUUACUGUGAUUCCAACACCCUCUUGAACCACUGUCUGAAUUUUGGAAAUUUUCAAGCAGCAGCAAAACUAUGUUGCUUAGAAAAUCUUUAUGAUCAGGCAUUGGAAUACCAGCUAAAAGCAUUAAGUCAUUCUUUCCCUAGUGAUGUUAAUUUACAAAUGGCACUUUUUAUUAUAGAAUACUAUUCUAAUAUGGUUGAUGCAGAGAACAUUGAAGCAAAUCAGAAGUUUCUUACUCAUAUUAUCAAGUUUUUUAUGCAAAAUAAGCUUUUGGUUUCGCCUCUUGAAUCCUUUUUCAAAAAGCAUCAUAGUAUCUUCUCAUAUCCUCUAUGUUUAAUUAUAUUCAGUGACCAACUAUCUCCAUUAGAUGUAGAAAUUAGAGAAGCAUUUUUUGGUUCCUUGUCCUCAAAAUUUUGCUUGAAUGUUAUUCACGAAGUACUCAAAGAUGUCCAGCAAGGAUGUCGUACAGUUCCUCUACUGGAUGAAAUGAUUAGAAUAUCAGAUACAGCUGCUAUGUUACAUCAAAUUCGAAUAUCGGAUGCUUUGACAGCAUGGGAUGAUUCAAUACCCUCUGAACAUUUAUGGAUGGAUAUUCUCCGAAAUAUGCAAACUGGUGUAGCUGUCCAUUCUUCCAUACAUUUACCAGCAAACGAUGUGGACUGUUUAGCAAAAUCGUUAGUGAAUGGUAAAAUUUAUCAACAUUCCUUGAAUAACAUGCCUGUUGGAAUGAACAAGUUCAACACUAGUGGGAAUGAUGCUAUUCUUUUCUCGUGUGGACAUAAUUAUACUCUUCCAGUCUUUCAUUCUCUUGUAUCAUCGUUUAAAGAAUCCAUGACAAUGUUAUCUUACUCUAUACCUCAGACCACUAAAUUAUUGCUGACUGAAUAUCAAGCUGACUUAGUUGCAGCUGCAUGCCCUAAAUGUGUUGUUACAGAUAUAAAUAACGAACUCUAAUCCUCAAAUAUUUUUAAUUCUUCAUUCAAAGAGAGAGUGCAUUAAAUUAUUUUAUCAUUACAUUUUUCUUUAUUUCAUUCAAUAUAUAAAUUACUACCAAAUAUCUUUGAAUAUACAGUGGAAUCUCAACUUAUUUGCAAAGGAUACAUUCCAAGAAAUCUCGAGUUUUGAAAAACGGUAUGUAUACAACGUUUUGGUAAGCAUACACAAUCAUUUUAAAAGCUUGUAAACGCCCCGCAAAUUGUUUCUAACUAUUCCUUAAGUGUAUGUCAAUGCUUCCUUCAUAAAGAACCGAGUUUAUACUCUAUUUAAAAAAACCUGGGUUAUUUAUUAUAAAGUACUAUGGUAAUGUACAAAAUCAAUGGCAAAGGGAGGCAUCAAUAUCUUUUG